AUAGACGGUACGAAGCGACGGCAACACAUGAGGUGUCAGAACACCGACAUUUCGUAUUGGAACUGGCCACAGAGAUUUUUCAACUGUAGUUGGCAUUUGCCCCGCGCUUAAGAACUUCUGCUCUGCAACGGUUCAGACAUUGUGGCGACCAGGUUGCGUGUUUCCGCAUCGAAGCUUGCAAUCAGUGUUUCAAGAAUGGCUAUCCGAGACAAUACUGAAAACUAUUUUGAUGAAGCUUAUUGGAAUAGUAGGUAUACUCAAGAUGCAGGGCCUUUCGAUUGGUACCAACAAUACGAAGGAAUCGCUCCUGUCAUCAAGAUGCACUCGCAGCCAUCGGAUAGAGUUUUGAUGGUUGGCUGCGGAAGCGCACUCCUCUCCGAAGAAAUGGUGAAAGAUGGUUACGAAAAGAUCGUGAAUAUAGAUAUCUCAGAUGUCAUCAUUCAAUGCAUGGCUAAAAAAUACAAGCACGUGAAGCAACUUACGUACAAGAGAAUGGAUGUUCGAUGCAUGAGCGAAUUUAAAGAAGGCAGAUUUGGCUGUGUGUUGGAUAAAGGUUUGCUAGACAAUCUGAUGGUAAGGAUUAUUCUAAUUUUUAUGCUUCGCAAUGGAAGCUUUCAGCACUGUGGAGCUGGUGGACAAGCAUCUGUAUCAACUAUGCUCUCAGAGGUUCUCAGAGUCUUGAAACCAGGAGGGAAGUAUAUUCUGAUAACCUACGGAGAUCCACAAUGUCGUUUGCCUUACUUGGAGACAAGCUUUCCGUCUCCAAGCAGAAUCGAAGUGCAUGUUAAACCAAGACCAAAAUCUAAAAGUCACGUAGCAGAUCCACCGAGGAAAAUCAGUGAACCCUUCAUUAUUCAGAAAGACCUGAAUUUAGGUCCUCUGUUUGACUUUCAACUAACUAACUUGCACUACGUCUACAUUUGCAUCAAGGUAGAUCACCGCAACCAGAAUUAUUACUCAACUUACAUGUUAAGCCGUCUGUGUUCGUUGUCUGGAGCUUUACCCUUCAGUAACAUAAUGCGAGAAUAAUGGGUGCUCCCGAACUGAAAUGUCCAACUCCAGAAUCAACCUCAGAACUCCAUUGUAAGUGAUAUCUGUAACUGAAGCUUAUAGGAGCUUGUCAAAAUGGAAAACUUCACAACCAGAUUCAUGCGAUGUUAUUUGCAGGCUGAAGUAUACAAACGGAAGGAGAUGCAGGUGGAUAGUAAGCCGUAACAGAAUUCUAGAAAUUCUGAUGCUAAAAUCCGUAAAAACCUGCACUGAUGCUGGCAAAGUUUUCCCAGAA